GUAAUAUUAGCUUUUAUUCUAAUAUUGUUUUUUUGCUAAUUAUGCUAGUCCCUUCUGAAUCCCAACUACCGAUUGGGGAUAAUAACGACGAACUACUUGAAUUACUCGCAGAUUCUUGGGAUAAUUCACUUAAAACAAAAGUGCUUGAUUCAAAAUGGACACGUGAAUACUUGACCCAACUUACCUCCUUACCACUUAAUAAACUCUUGCAAGAGCCUCAUGAAUUAGAAGAGGAACAGGCAAAGAUCAAACGUAGUGCACAACAACUUGCCUUUCGUGAAUACCCUUCUUUUCUUCAUGCACAAACGUGUCGACAUCAGGCGAAGGAUACGUUUGAUAAUCUCGAUACUCAAUUAAAUAACUUUUCAUCAUCUAUACCUGAGUUACAGAAGGCUUGUGAACUAUUUAAUAGCCAGGCAGAAGAGAUAAAAAAGGAACGUGAAAAGAUUAAGAAUGUACUUGACGUUCAACAUGUUUUGACUGAAUUGUUAGAGAUUCCUCAAUUGAUGAAGACCUGUGUAAGAAAUGGUUAUUAUUCAGAAGCUAUGGAUCUUGCUUCCCAUGUACGUUUGUUACAGGUACGAUACCCAUUAUCAAUUGUCAAAGGCAUUCAACAAGAGGUACAAGCCUCUUCAGAUCUUAUGUUGGUUCAACUUAUUUCUCAUUUACGUAAACCAAUACGACUUGCAGCUGCUAUGAACGUUGUAGGAUUUUUACGUCGUAUGGACGUGUUUGAUACAGAAAUAGAAUUACGUAUGGUAUUUUUAAGAAGUAGACAUGAUUUUUUACAGCAACGAUUGGCACGUAUAAAACGAGAUAUCUCUGAGGACAGUCGACAGAAGAGUUCUGACGCAUUUGAAUAUUUAAAGAGAUUUAUGGAUGUGAUGCGCGAACAAUUAUUUGAAAUUGGUACUCAGUAUAUUUCUAUUUUCUCUAACGAGCAAAGCACACUCUUACCAGAUUAUAUGAUUCAUGUGAUUGAGUUAAUCAAGACAACCUUAAACACCUAUCUUCCAAUGAUCGAAGAUAGUUCUUCUUUAUCCUCUAUUUUAACUCAGCUUCAGUAUUGCGGCAUGUCAUUAGGACGUAUUGGAUUAGAUUUUAGACACAUCUUUGUGCAUCUAUUUGAAGAGGCCUUAGAACCGUUGAUAAUAAAAUGGAUCAACACGGCCACUGAGGAGCUUACAGUGACGAUUCAAAGGGCUACAGAAGAAUGUUUAGCGCCUAGUGCUUGGAUGCUAUCCAAACUUAUCUCCCAGCAAAGUAAUUUGCAUGGUGAUGAGUCUAGACGGCAUACCUUUCAGCCUCCUAUGUUAUUGGUCGACUAUCCUUCACUUGCCAUCUUUACCAAUGGUAUUUUAUCCGUUUUUAAUUCAUUACGACUUUUACCAGCAAUUAGUUUAUACGAAACUAUCCAACACCAUUUAGAGUCCUGCUUUUUAGAUAUUGGGAUUGCUCUUAAGCAAUACUGUGAUCAAGCCCUUUUACAAAUACCAGAGGAAAUGAACUAUCUCCAACUCUAUUCUGCUGUUUAUGUUCGAUGUUGUCUACCUUAUUUAAAGUCAUGUCUUAUGGAUGGUAUUUAUGGUAACUUGCCUGUUCCAUAUGUCAUGAGUGAAGAUAUUGAAAAGCUAUUAGUGACGUACUUACCAGUAAUGGAAAAGGAAGAUACGAAAGAAGAAGAUAAUGAAGUGAAUGAUGUUGUUGAAGACAAAAGUAAGCGAAAAGAUGUUGAGGAGGAUUGCGAUAUUAUAAAAGAAGAAGUAAAAGCAGAUGAGAGCGAAAAAAGGGAUAUUCAAGUAGAAACGAAGAAUACUAAAGAGGAAGAGGAUGUAGAAAAUGAUAUACAAGAAGAAAAGCCUAGGAAAAGUAGCUUGAAGCAAGGAGAGAAUAUGAAUGAAGAUCUUGAGGAAGGAGAUACUAGAAAAGUAGAUGAUGUAAUAAAAUAUGCAAAUACUUCUGAUAAUAAAGAUAUAGAAGAUAAGGAGACAGAAUCAAAAAAAAGUGAAAAUAAGGAAAAUCACGUUGAAGUUAACUCUAAAUUAGAGCAAAACAAUGAUAAUAAUUAUGAAAAUAAUACAAAUGAAGAAGAGAAGAAUAAUGAAAAUAAAGAGAACAUUACUGUCUCUAAUUUAGUAUCAACAAAUGACAAAAUAGUAGAAAUAGAAACUGAUAAAGAAUGCAAUUCAGAAAAUAGUAUAACUAUGCAGCAAGAAGAAGAAAAAAAUGAUACCCAAGAAAAUCUAAGCAAAGAAAUAGAAGAUAAAACUAGGCUCGAUCAGAGAGCUGAAAAUGAAGUCAUCUCGGAUAAAACUAAUAGCGAGGACAUAAGGGAUAGUAAUUUAAAAGAAAAUUACUCUGAUAAUAAAAAUAGAGAAAAAGAUGAGCCAAAACAACAACAGAGAAAAUCCCUACCUACAAACAAAAAAUCUAAAAAGCAUAAUAAAGGCAAAAAAGGCAGGCGCUGAAUUUAAAAAAUAAUAAUAAUAACAAUAAUAAUAAUAAUAAUAAAAAGGCUAAUAAUAAAACAGGAAAA